UAAUAAAAUUUAGCUGAAACCAUCGUCAGCCAUUUUACGAUGUUUUUCUACGUAUAUACUGGUAAUGUGUUAGAACUGUCAAUAUUAUUACUUUAAAAAACGGAUGAAGGCACAAUAAGACGGAAAUGUUUUACCAAUCAAGGAAUGAUAUUAAGAAUGUGGAAAUCAGAAAAAUGACAUUUUCAGGAAGAUGUGUAAGAUCAGGGAUAUAGACUUGAAGAAAUUUCCUUUGCUGACUGAAAGUAAUUCUUAGAUUGUUUUGUAUUGCGGAUAAACUUGAUAUAUUUAUAAAAGAAACCUUGAACAGACUAUUAUUAUAACUGGAACAUAUAGCUUGAAUUUUGGUGGCUCAUUUCUGACUACAGAGAUAAAGAAUGUGCAAUGAAUCCCAUCUAAUGAACUUUGGAAGGAUUUCUUUAUAGCUGAGAAAUAUUUACAAAUAUUUUCAACUUUUGAUGUUUACUGUUAGAGAUAAUAAAUUUGGUAGCAAGUUUUGAACUCUUGACUUUGUGGAGGACAACAGCCAAGUGUGGUAACCAUAACAACAUGGUGUUUCAUAGAUGGAUGCAUCAUCAUUAAAUGAUUUAAAGGAAAGGAUUAUUCUUGAAUUUAUUAAACACUAAUUGAUAUUAUGGAAGAGAAAGUGUGUGAGAGUCAGGUUAAUGGAGAAACACAACCUGAUAUUAAAGAUGUAUCUCACAUGGCACAAGUAUGGAUAAACAAGAAAUCAUAUACGUGUGGUAUCUGCUUUAAAGCAUUCUCUCAGAAUGGACUUUUGACAAGUCACAAGCGUAUUCAUAAAGGUGAGAGACCCUAUCACUGCAAUGUAUGUGGUAAAGCAUUUUUUGAAAGUUCAACAUUAACUCGCCAUAUAUGUACUCACACAGGUGAGAAACCAUAUCAUUGUGAUAUCUGUGGUAAAUCAUUCUCCCGAAAAGAACAUUUAACUAUUCAUAAACGUAUUCAUACAGGUGAGAAACCAUAUCAUUGUGAUAUCUGUGGUAAAACUUUCUCACAAUGUAAUAAAUUAACGAGCCAUAAAAGUAUUCAUACAGGUGAGAAACCAUACUGCUGUGAUAACUGUAGUAAAACAUUCUCUCGGAAAGAACAUUUGACUCUUCACAUACGUAUUCACACAGGUGAGAAACCAUAUCACUGCGAUGUUUGUGGUAAAACAUUCUCUCGAAAACAACAAUUGAUAAGUCACAAACGCACUCAUACAGGCGAGAAACCAUAUCACUGUGAUAUUUGUGGUCAAACAUUCUCACACAAUAGCACAUUAAAAAUUCAUAAACGUAUUCACACUGGUGAGAGACCAUACCAGUGUGAUAUUUGCAGUAAGACAUUCUCACACAAGAGCAAUUUAACUAUUCACCGACGUAAUCACACAAAUGAGAAACUAUAUGACUGAUAUCUUUGAGACAUCAUCUCACCAGAGAUGGAAAAUGCUAAUUUGAAAUAUAUGUAGAUAUAAAUAAUGUUUUCUAAUGUUGGCAUAAAAUUACAAAUUUUCAAGGAGUCAAUUAGAUCAAUCUAGUUUUUCACUGGUAUUUCUCUUAUUGAUCCAUGAUGGAUCAAAGGUAAGGUUAUUCCUGGUGGAACUUAAACCCAGUUUGCAAAGGGAUCAUCAUUAUCCUUUAAUGUCUGUUUUCCAUGCUGGUAUGGGUUGGACUAAUUGGAUGUAAUUUGAUGUAACUGAAUAUUUUGUUCACUUUUCUACUGAUUCUGUUAAUCCCAUUGACCUGUUUGACAUAGAUAUUAAAAACUAUUCCAUCUCUAAAAAUGAGGAUAAUAGUCCUAAAAAUUAUCUUAUGAACAAUUCUUGUCACAUAUUUAGAUAUUUAAGUAAGUUUGUGUAAUUAUACUUUGUAAAAAUAUACAAAACUAUCUGUAAAAAUAUUCCUAUAUGAAAUAAUUCUGAAAUUAUUUAUUGUUGAUAAGCUUUAAAUCUAGUUUCCUACAUGAGGCACAGUUCAUCUCAAAUUAUUUUCAGUCUUUGAAGUGGUGUGUGGUUUUACAAUAAAUCAGAUCUAAUUUCA